UGGUAACACGCGCCACGUGGGCGACACGUGGCACGUGGGGAGGAAGAAGCAGCGGAAGCACACGAUGGAGCGGUCGCGCUCUGCGGCAUUGAUCAUCCGGAAGGUGUGCGCGGCGGGGAUCUGGCGCUCGGUAGCGCGCCAAACGCGGACCACUCAGCGCGGGGCGACUGCACUGGGCGGCAAAUGGGCGGACGCGGACGAGGAAGGCGGCGCGGCCGCCUCGGGACAUACGCCAUGGGACCAGCGGGACCACGGGGUAUGGAACGAUCGGAAAUCUGACGGCAGCCCUGUGCCCGAAUGCGGAAUGGGUUUAGGGUUCCCUUUUAGCUCAGGUGUGAACGCAGCUGACGCAUCCGCAGGGCAGGGAUCUGCCUCGUCAGUUGCUUCCUGGCAUGACCUGAGAUGGAGGCUGCGACUGUCAGAACCCGCGCAUCCGUAUGCCGUCUUUGGCAUAAACCGUCCUUUGGUGAACGAUGAGUAUCUGCGGGAGAGAUUAACACUUCUAUGGAAGACUCCUUUGGGCAGCACUGUGCUUGGCAAUACCACCAAUCAGACGGAGGGUGCUUUUAAUAUCAAAAGUGACGAUCUUAACUUCACGUGUCCGACCAGCAGUAUGGAGGGUUCAAUACCGUUAGAAGCUAGCAGUGUCAAACGGAAACGGAAGAAGAAGAUGAACAAACAUAAGCAGAGGAAGCUGCGGCGUCGAGAGCGCAACAAGAACGAGAACAAGCGAUAACCUGCCUUGCGCUGUAAGAUUGCCUGCUCUACUACAGCUUGUACAGCAGCUUGAGUUGUUUCCACACAUUUGCUCGUCAAUUCAUCGUUUCCUGCCAUCCUACCUUGUGGCGGUCAUGGUGGUGCUCACCAGGAUGGUCGAAGUACCGCAGGAUGGAUGGAUGGAUGGAUGGAUAGAUGGAUGGAUGGAUGGAUGGAUGAAUGGAUGAAUGGAUGGUUGGAUUGAUGAAUAGGGGGGCGAACAGAGAGCAGGAGACAUACAGCCGCUGAUGAUCUGUGUACUGUCUGUGCAACCUGUCAGACCUGUCCUGUCUGCCACGUGUCAGGCAGACCUAUCCCCCCUCUGGAAAUUGGGCAAAAAUUUUGCCAAAAAAAGCUUUCCUCUCUGCAACUAGUCAGUCUAAUGUCCUCUGUGCAGAUUGUCAGAUCUCUCCUGCCUGCAGAUUGUCAGAGCUGUCCUCUCUGCAGCUUGUCAGAGCUGUCGGUUUUUUUUUGUUUUGUUUUUUUUAAGAAGUGAUCCGAACAGAUACUACUACACUUGAGGGCCAGAGGUCUAGCUCAGUUGGUAGAGCACGCAAGUGGCACUCAGAAGGUCGAGGGUUCGAUUCUCACGUCGUUCACCGAGGGCCCCGCUUGUGGCGUGCUUGGGGUUCGCCAGCGGAGAUGGUUGGCUUGGUCCUCCUGGUUGGUUUAGGAAAUUAGGACGUAGCUGGGGGGAGUCGCCUUCUAGCUAGUGCCAGAUGUCCUAGGGAUUGCAGCGGUGUUUAGGCACGGGUGGAGGGUGGACAGGUCCGUGUCAAGUCGUCAACCCAUAACUGCAACAUUCAACCAUUCCCAGCUGUGUGUGACUUAGAGAUAUGGGAGAUUUUUAGGUAUAGCCUGAGGCAUAUGAGAAAAGAAUAUAGCUUCGUUUAAUAUUAAAAAAAAAAAAAAAAAAAACCCUUAAAUUUAAAAAAAGAUAAUACAGUUGAUUUUAUUAACCUGUCUGCAACUUGGCAGAGAACUGUCCUCCCUACUCCUUGCCAGAGCUUUCCUAUCUGCAAGUGGUAAUGCCCUCUCUGCUCCUCUCUGCUCCUCUCUGCUCCUCUCUGCUCCUCUCUGCUCCUUGGCAGAGAUUUCCUGUCUGCUGCAACUUGCAGAGCUGUCCUGUCCUGUCUGCUGCAACUUGCAGAGAUGCCCUCUGGUUGUCGUGUUAGUUACUUGGCAAUCAUUUUUGCUAAAACCACAAGUACCUACCGCGUUUUUAGGCGUAAACUCGGAGGCGGAAUCUG